AUGGCACGAGAACAGGCUGUGUUGCACAAGUUUAUGGAGAAAAAGUUGAGUGGGGGUUAUCAAGACACUUGGGGAGAUACCAGAAGAGCAGUCCGACCUGGGGACAUUUGUGAUCCCCUCCACAGACGGAGAUCCAAGACAGACGGCCUCACCUGUAACCCCCGGGGGACACUGCAUACAGGACCAGCAGGGGGCGCGGCGCUCCUCCCGCAGCGGUGCAGACACAAAUGUAGAGACAAGACAGAAAAACAGGAAGACCAUCACCACCACCAUCACCACCACCACCACCAGGACAGUGGAAGAAAGGCACUGAUGGGCGUGGCGUUCAGCACAAGCUUAACAACUCGGUGGACUGCGGAGGCUGUGUUCUCCUGCUGGGGAAGUACUGGCUGGUUCAUUGCCUCUUUUGUCUACGCACUCAUUCUUGCUGUGGCUAACAAACUAUUCUCUGCUCACUUCUUCCAUGAAUUGCUGCCCGAGAUAUAAAUGUAUAGAGACAAGAUAGAAAAGCAGGAAGACUGCUACCACCACCACUACCACCACCACAGUGGAAGAAGGGAUCGACACACCGUGAAAGUUGAAAAAUAAACACUUAAUUGCU